AUGGUCAACUGGCUCGGCCUUCUCCUCCCUAUCGCCUACGUGACAAUACUCGUCGGCUCACUCGCUACAUUUUCCUCUCUCUACCGACGACGAAAAGCUACCUCCGCCGCCUCCCUAUCUCCGUGGUUUCCCCCUCACCUUCAACGUAACAUUUACCUCUCCCUACUACAUCUGGAGCCUUCCCCUGAGCAGGAGAAAGCUCCCACGGUUCCCGACUCGGUCUUGAAAGCCGCUUUACUGCAGCGCGCCUGCGAGGAUAUCAAGAGGGUGUUGCAAGUGAGAAACGCGAAGGGGCCGUUGUCACAGCUGUUACAGAGGGGAAGUGUAGGCGAUGAGCUUUGGCAGCGAUUUUUAAGGGCGGAAAAGGAAGUGGAGGCGGAAUUGAGGGAUGUGGUCGAGGAGGCAAAUGCACUACAAGCGGGUUGGGGCCAAGUGAUCUUCCAGUCUGCGAAUGAGAUGGUGAACAAUGCCACGAUUCGGGAAAAAAUCGUCGGGGUUCAGGCAAAAGGAAGGAAGGACAGGGAGUGGUGGGAUCAAGAGCGGGCAAGUGUGCAGUCCCAAUUCAUGAAGGAGUUGAAUGACGAUGCAGCUGGAACUGAGGCUCCCAAGGUUGGUCCGGCCGCUGCGAGUGAUAAGGUAGGCAGUGAUGAGGAUACGGUGCUUGUCGAAGGUGGAGGGCCGGCGACUCCUGGUUCUACGGCUGGCAAGGGGCCCAAGAAGCGGAAGGGCAAGAGAUAG